GUUUCUACAAUACCUACGGCGACUGGAUCGCAUUGAAUAACUGGAAUCGUUAUUUUGUGAUUGGAUUGCUGUGGUGUUCUUUAUUCGUUUCUAUAUCCAUAAUAUUUCAUCUGAAGUUCUUUAAGUUUCCAUUUGUUCCAUUCAAGCUAUUUCAUUUGACAGGCUCAUCUUUACAUACUUAUACGACACGGCAAGCUUGAGAUUGAGCUCUCAAGCUAAAGAAAGAUGGUUUCGGUGGCAGAUUUAGUCACAGAAUUACAUUGCAAUAUUGAUGAAAUUCACAAGACCAUCGCUUUAAUAAGUGAUACUUCAUAUCAUGAUGCAGAAAUUACACGACUCGAGAGGGAACGCGAUGAACAGCUUCAACAACUGAAGAUGGCUCAUGAGACCGCAACGAAAGAGGCGGAAGACGCACGACUAAAGCGGGAACAAGAAAUCGACGAAGAAAUUCAGAAAGAGGAACAAGAGGUAGCGGAGAAAAGGAAACGUGAAGAUGAGGAGAGGAAGUUGAGAAUUCAGAAUGCAUUGGAGGAAAGGGGAAAGGUAAGACAAGAGGAGGAAGAGAAGAGAAGGGCCGAAUUUGAAAGUCACCAUAAAGGAGUUGAAGAUGGAAUUGAUGAAGAGAUGGAAAGAUUGGAGGAUGCAUUGGAGAAGCGAAUGACGCAUGGUCAGAAAGCUUUAGAGGAUUUAGAUUCUGCUAGAAGAGUACGUUUGCGGCCUGAUUCUUCGCCUUGGUUGUAUUUCGAUUUAUACUAAUGCUCGUGUGAAAUAGGUAAUCAACAGACAAAUCGAUGAGCAACUCAAUAUUCCGACUGUACUCCCUGUAAUUCAAUACAAGAGUCGCAGAAAGAUUUCGUUGAAUAACCGAAAGCUAGAUUUGUCAUUGGAAAACCAGAAAGUCAAGGAUAUUGAGGAGAAUGAACAAAACAAUCCGGUACCAAACGUAGAAGUAACGCUUGAUGUGGAUGAGCACAAACACGAAGACUCUCAGCACGAUGGGGCUAAUGAUGCAGACAAUGAAAGAGAUCUUGCGGUAGAGCCAGUCAAGGAUUUCGGGCUACAGCGAAAUUUCGCGUCAGCAAAGGAGGUUGUUCACUCAGAGCAAGAGGCACAAAUUCCAGAGGUAGAACAUGAAGAAGUAUCUCAGCCUGCCGAAGAAAUCCACAGCUCAGUGGCCCAGAAGCACAUUGAAUUUGAAGAACUACAAGUUGUUAAGCCGGAAUCCAAGCUUGAAAGCAUUGAGUCAGAACCACAAAAUCAGCCCCAACAAGACACGGUACAGCAUGUUGAAGAUAUAUCAGAGGAAAACCAUGAAACUCCUGCAAAUUUUGGGGCCGAGACACUCCCAGAUUCCGAUAAUGCUCCAACUGCUCAAGUCGAGGAGAAUGAGUCGACCGAUGCGAAUCAAAAUGAAACCGAUGACGCUCUAGAGCGAGACAUUCCCUCAGUGGAACCAGAAAUUGACGAACAUCACGUCGAAGGGAUCCAAUCUGCUGAAACUUCUUCCAAACAUGUCGAAAAUGCCUCAAAGCCAGAAAACAGCCCGCUAGAGAUAACUAAGGAGACCGAGGCUUUCACAGUUCAUGAUUUAAAUGAGUCUCCAGAAGACAGAGCAGCCAGGGAGGAAAUAGCUAAGCUGAAUGAGGAGAUUCGACGAGCUAUGGAAGAGGAAGCUGCUGAAGCAAUGAUACCUCAUGAAGAAUUCAAGGAGGAAGAUGCAUUUCCUCAGGUGGGAAGCGCGCCAGUCGUCACUGAGACCAUCGAUGUUUCAACUGUAAAUGGGAAUUUUGAGACAGAUGCAAAGCCUGAAAUUAAUAAGGUCGAGAGCGCUCAACAAGAUUUAGAUGUCCCAGGCAAUGAUACCGAGAAUAAGGAAAUUCUUGAAUCAGAAGAGCAAGCGAACAACAUAGCACAUGAUGAUAUUCAAACACCGGCUGAAGGGCCCCCCUCAGUUGAAGAGCCGUCGUCAGAGCCAAAACUUGAUUCUGAUCAAACUCCUGAAGAUCACGAGCCGUCACAUAAUGAGACAUCGUCUAUUCAUGAAUCUGCAAGUGGAACUGAGAACAGCACAGUCGUAGAGACACUCCCAAAUUUGAAGGAAAAGGCAAUCUCGCCCACUGUUGCAGUUGAAGAGCCAACUUUUGGCAAUGAAGAUCAUGGAAAUGCAGAGACGGAGAAUGAAAUUGUGCUUGAGGAAUUCCCAACAUCAGAUGAAGAGCGUGACACCAAUCAAUCAUCAACAGAAACAGAGAUAUUCCACGAACCGGAAUUCGCGAGCAAAGAGCCUGCUACUCCCGGGGAAUCUGAAGCCGAGGCAAUUCACAUCCCACUCCCAGAACCAGAUGAGACAGAGGCUGCUCUGCUUAAUGAGGAACCAGCACAAGAAUCUAGGUCCUUGCCGAUUGAUCAAUUUGACAGCGACGAAAGCCAGGAGAAAAUCAUUAAACCAUUGAGCACUGAAGAUAUCAAUCAGGAACUUGUGCUGGCAUCGAUUGACAAUACUGGGCCAAUAAAUGAUGAGACACCGACUACUACCGGGAAGAAUAUUAUUGGCAAGGAGACGUCCGAGUCCGACAUAUUAGAUAAGGAAGUGGAAGCUAGAACCGAUGGAGUAGUUCCAGAGCAAAACCUCAUUGAGCGAAAUGAAGAAUCUGAGAAAGAUGGCCGGGAUGCUGCAAACAGAGAGUUUAACACCGAAGACAGUCAAGAGGAAGUCUCUCAAAACAUUUUGUCCGAUACAGGAGAGAUGAAAAGUAGUUCAGAUGAAACUUUUCUACAAUCAGAGCCAGCGCCGGAAGUGGUACAGUCUGAUAUUGACAGCCAUGAGGCUUUUGAAGAUCAUAUAUUAUCUACCGAUUCUCAGCUUGUUGCCGAGAGUAAUGAUGAUAUCAACGAGAAUGCUCUUUCGGUACAAGAAGAGCCUAGUGUCAAAGAUAUUGAUAUUGAUAUUCUUACAAACUUUACAACCGACGCCGAUUCAGAUGAUGAGACGGAGCUCCCAGAAACUCGUGAUAUCGCUUCGGAUAAUAACGCCGAAGAGACCGAGGUAGCUUUUGAGCCGGUUAUUACUCUUCCUGACCGUAUGCAACAUGAUCAAGAAAGCCCACAGGAGAUAGCUGGGAGUGAAGAAAUCAACACAUAUGAGCCGAGCAGCCCAGUCAGUGAUGAUAUAGCUAAGGAUGGUAAUCAUAGCAGCGGAAAAGCUGUUGAUAGCAACUCAGAAGAAAUCCCACAGGCCAAUGAUGAGACCGUUCAAUUGCCAGGUCACAUCAAACAUCGCAUCAACGAGCCGGAGGCGGCCAUGCAGCAGGACGAAGAUGUAUUGAAGGUUCAGACCAAUGAUGAAGAACGAGUAGUUACUUCCGAGAUCCCCGUUCCUGAUACUGAGAAUAAGGAUCUAGAAAUGACCCAGGAGAAGAUAGAAGCACUGACUGAUUCCGGUAUUCAAGAUCAUAUUCCAUAUGUAGAGGAUUUAAACACACCUGGUCCUGAAGAGUUUGAAGGCACUGGAGAAGCGACCUUAACUUUGGAUGUUGGGUCUCCACUUCCCUCCCCUACAGUUCCACAAGUUACCAACGACAGUGAAGAAAGCACCCGAGCGGAAGAUGAUGUUGCUCAAAAUGUUAGAGACUUGGAGGCAGUAAACCAUGAAGAAGAACACACCGAAGUUAGCGGCUCUUCUCUGACCCAGUGGGAUGAUGAAGCGAGACAGGAGACGUCAAGUCUAAUGCCAUCCGAGCACGAUGAGACUGCGGAACUGGUUAAGAGUGAGCAAUCGACUUCGGAAAAUGAUGUAUGGAUACAUCAAGAGGACGAAGAAGCCUCCAAACAGGCAGUUGAUCAUACUUCGCUCGAGAGCCCAGAGCUUCAUCAAGAAAAAGACCUCCAUUCUAAUUCUGUGGAGGAUUUGGUGCAAGACAAUAAUGAUCAGGAUCAUGAAAUCUCCCAGGAGAUUGAUAUGCAACCUGAAAGCAAGAGUUUUGGUUUCCAGUUUGAAAACACCAGCUCGGUUUCAGAGACGUCUGCAUUAGAACAUCCGGUUGAUGAAGUUUUCGAGGUGCCAAAUGUGGCGGAACAGGUACAAACUGAGAUUCAUGACGAGUCUGUAAUUGUUAAGGACAGCGCAAAUGGGCAAAGUACUGAUGCUGUUCAAGUAGAUGGAGAAAUUGAUCAGACAAAAGAUUAUCACGCUGAAAAGUCCGGAGAAUUCGAGCAUCCAAUGACCACCCAGACAAUGAUUAUACGAGAGUCAAUCCCAAGUACUUCGACAAUUUCUGAAGUCAUCGACAAUGAAUCAUCACGUCAAGAAAACGAACAGCCAGCCGUUGUUGAAGAUGAACAGGUCAAUACUUUACCGAAAGUAAAACCAACCAGCCAAGAUAUUCCAUCACAAUCUCAGCAUAUACAACACGAAGACCCCGAAGAUGUUCGUGCUAGAGAGGAGGUUGCUCGUCUAAACGCAGAAUUUUUGAAGGCUAUCGAAGAGGAACAAGCUAAUGAAUCUGCCGAAUCAAUUAUAGGGGACGAUGACAUGAGUGUGGAUGAAAAUGAAACCGUGAAAGAGGAACAAGAAAAACCGAGAAGAGAAAGUGCCGAGGACAGCGCAGCGAGAGAAGAGAUUGCAAUUCUGAACGAGCAAGUAAGGUUGCUCAAUCAACGACAGAGUGUGGACGGGCCUGCUGAGACUGAAGGUGCAAAGGACGAAGGUCACGAAGUUUCUGAGGAUAGUAAACCUCGAAAGCUUGAACUGGAACAACCAUCGAUCAGCUUGAGUAAAGUUCAUCAUAUUGAACAUGUUGAAGAUCGGAAACUCAAUGCCAUUCCCGGCUCACCAGUCCAGCAACACGAGAACCCGAAAAUAGCCGAUCAAUCUGAUCUUAUCUUGAAUCCGGAAAAUGGAAUAGAACAAACCAUCGAUGAAUCAAGCCAAGAAAUCGAGUAUUUGCAGCCCGACCAUGCAGUUCACGAGCUUCAAGAUCCCGGCUCGGAAGAUGAAGAAACCGAAUCUCAUUAUGAAAGCGAGAACGAAUGGGAAGGUUCUGUAGAGGAUGAAGAUGAACCCCUCCCGUAUCUUGAGACUAUUCACGAAGAAUUACAUGAAGGUGUUCCUCAUAUUGGAGAAGUUCACAAGGAUGAGGAUGAAGAAGGAAUGCCAACGAGUAGAUUUUUCCAUCCACAUUGGAAAUAUGAGGAUUUGGAUGAUGAGCUUCUGAAGGAGAAAAGUGGAUCCGAGCAUGCUGCCUUGGAAGACAAUAGCUCUCGCGAUUUACAGUCCCAAGAUGUUGCAGCCAAAGAAUCUUCCCAAAAUCCACAAGUUAAUCAACAGCACGCGGAGCUAUCGGUUUUACCUGUCAUCGAUAACAGUGCAGGCCAAUAUUCCGAGAGUGUAAUUCCAGAAGUCGAGGAUUUAGAAAAGAGACCAUUAGUCUUAGAGGCCGGAAACUCAGCCGAUAAGGACAUCUCACCAAAAACUCUUCAAGAUGGAUUAGAGCGUCAGAGUGAAAACAGUCUUGGUGUUUCGAAGCCUCGGUUAAACCUACCACAAACCCCAAUGGUAUUCUUUUCAAAUGUUUCCGAUGAUAAAGAAGUGGAAUCGCCUCACUUCAUCAACGAUACAGAUGCAUUAAUCGAUGAUGAGGGGUCGAAAGCAACAACGGAGAAUAUAGACCAUUCUAAUGCUACGGAUCUACCACGAGUAUUAGAGCCAAGCCCUAUUUUAAUAGAGAAGUCUGAAAAAUCCGAACAGGAGGAGCCAGAAUCGCUAGUCCAAAAUAGUAACCUCACCCCAGAAGCUAUACAUCGAGGUCCAAAACCACUUUAUCGUCGAAGUAGUGAUUUGAGUCCAGAACAUGAAGCAGUGUUCUCAAGAGUUUCUAAGAUUCGGAAUAGUCUAACUCCUUCACCUGAACCACAUCAAUCAUCAAAUUGUGCACUGAGUCCUAGAUCACCAUCUGGGGGUUUCCCACCUGAUGAACAUCGAAAUUACUUGGAUGCUUCUAUCAACAGCGCAUACAAUGGGUGGGGAUAUUCUACCUCAGAUGAAGAUCAGCCUCAAAACGACUACGGAACUCAAUUGAACGAUGAUAAUGGUCGUAACCGUUCUCAUACUGUUGAUACAGUUCCUUCUUUCGAACAUUAUGCAUCGGAUGAUGGUGAUUCAGGACCUCCAACUCCACCUCAGAAACCGCAGUAUUCUGAUCCCGUGACUCAGCAACCGCAUAUUAGUCAAAUGAUAGCGUCAGAAUUACAAUCUUCGGAAGGAUGGUCACUUCCAAAUGAUGAUACCCAGGAUUCGGCAAAUCAAGAGCAAAAUCAUGACGAAGUGAUUAAACCCCCAAACCUUCAAGAAAAAGCGGAAUUCGAUCCUUUCAAUCCACAAGAAUAUAAAUCUCCGAUACCAAGCCCAGAACAUUCAUCGACAUUUCAUGUAAGCAAUGUACAUGUCGAUCAGGAAUAUCCUCCAACUUUAUCAUCCAAUCCACCAUCCCUCGUAUCGCCUGAAAAGAUUUUAGGCUCGAAUGCACCAUCCUCUGCCGCGAUAUUUACAUCCCAAACUCCAGCCCAAACUCCAGCCCAAACGGAAGAGAAAUCAGUUUCUCAGCUCCCUGCAAAUGUUUAUUCUGUUCCCUGGACACAAAUAGAAGGCCCAUAUAAAGCCGCAAAUCAAGAAAAGGAAACAGCAUCUCCACAACGUAGUUCAAGACCAGUCAGCUCCAUCUUCGCUAGAACACGCUCGCUAUUUGAAUCAGCAGGUACCAAUGAUUCAAACCCAGCUAAACAAAGACCUUUAUCAGGAAUGAGCAUAUUCAAUGUCGCAUCACCAUCUCGCUCAACACCUUCUUCUACACCUGCUCAAAGUCGUCCACACAGUCUCUCGAACUCGAGUUUGCGUAGCGCGAACGGUUCUAAGAGAUCGAGUGUUUAUUUAGCGGAAAAUGCUCAUACUAAUGGAAAUGCAAAUUCAAAUGAAAAUAGAAAUGGAACUGCGAGUUCAAACAUAGAUUAUGAUCCAAACACCGAUGCAGAUUUCUUACCAAAGUGUCUAGAUGGUGACGGAAGAUUACCUAGUCCAGCUUAUGGAUUACCUGGACAUAGGAGUAGUAGUAGUAGUUUUGAUAAGGAGAGAUUGUAUGGUGAUGAGGAGGAUCCUUAUUAUAUGCAGAAAGGGGGGAACGCUGGUAGUUUUAUGGGUUUGAGUGGUGUUACGAGAGGAGCUCGUGUGGCGGAGGGUGAACCGUUGUUGAGGGAUGAGAAGUAAUUUGUGGUUGGCAUUUUUGCAUCUUUGAGGGAUAAUGGGGUGUUGAUGGUUGAGAAGAUGGGGGAGGAGGAUAUCAGAGGAUUGAUUCACGUGGUUGGGGGGAGUGAUUGGAGGAUUGCGUGGGGAAGGCAGUUGGGAAUUCCUCAUUAGAAAAGUUUGUUUUGUUUUGUUUUUGGGAGGUGGGAUGGCGACGCAAAUGCGGAGUUGAAAGUAGGGCUCGAAAGGGAUGUCGGUUUUCAUGAUGUAAGACUACGAUAUGGGCAAGGCAUACGGUAAAACGGCGUUUGAAAGGUACGGCAGCUGUAUCUGUAUAUGUAUAUCAAUGUUUAUAUUUAUAUUUAUCCACUUAU